AUGGGUGGAAAAUUGGCCAUCCGAAUCGUCCCCCCUGGUGAAAAUGGCACCUUCACUACUAGCGCCCGAAUCUUUUUUCGCGACAUUCAUGAGAAUGGCGGUGAGGAGAUCAGAGAUCCUCUUAGUGGCGUAAAGGCGGAACCCAAGGACAUCAAUCGUAACGAUAUGAUAUUCUGGAUCGAGGAACAGGUCCUCCGAGAGUUCUAUAAGAUUCAUAAGAAGAUGAAAGCGGAAGUUGAGAGAGACGAGGAGUCCAAAGUGGAGGAUCGUGGCGAGGGUACCUCCACUUAUCCUCUUGCCGAUACUGGUUAUUGUAUGCUCUGA